CGUCCACCAGACCUCACUAGCGGCGGCCCCUUUAAUACCCGCCGCCUGCCCUGCUCGUCUGCUUAGCGCUACAGACAGACUGCCGGGAGAAAGACAAAGGCGCGCACCCUGAGAGAACAGCGGUAGAGGGCCAGGGACGCUGCCUGCCGCCGGGGUCCGAUUGGCUUUCCCAGCCGCGACUGCUUUCCUCCAGCUGGUGCAGUUGCUGCUGCUUUCCUCCAGCUGGUGCGGUUGCUGCUGCUGCUGCUACCACCAGAUUGCCGCCGAGCCGAGGCCAUCGAUCACCUUCCUCCGAGGCCCGCCCGUUGCAGCAUCAGCUCCUCCGCCGCGGCCGCCUCCGCCUCCUCCAUCUGCAGCCUCGGGGCAUGUCGUGAUGUGAUCGGCGGCGCGUCCCUCGGGGGCCCAUCCCCAUCGGGAGCCUCAGCAAGACGGAGAGGGUGGUGGAGCAGCGGGCCAAAGGCCGCGCCCCCAUGAAGGAAAAGGAGGCGGGGGCGGCCGGGGAGCGGGGCAAGCCGGCCACUUACACCGGGGACAAGAAGGCGCGCAUGGCGGCCAAGACCAACAAGAAGUGGGUGCGCUUAGCCACCGUGCUGGCCUACGUACUCUCCGUCUCGCUGGCCGCCAUCGUCCUGGCCGUCUAUUACAGCCUGAUUUGGCAACCGGUGCGGGGCGGCAGUCAGACGCACACCCAGCCACAGCCCCCCGGAUCGGUCACCGGCCCCGGCGCGCCUGCACCCAGCCACGGAGACCCCACGACGAGGACGCUCGAAGAAGGAGCCUUUUCCACACCCACGAGUAAGCCAGAUGGCGGGACGCCGUAGGGACUCGAACCGGCCCAGGAGGCCGGAGGUACAACCCCCCAAAGCCACCGUGUUGCACCGGCUCAGUCGGAGGCACUCAUCGCGGAGUACAAGGGAAGCCACGCGAUCGGAGCUCGACGGCCGCUGGAGCAAGCGAGGACCCCGGAUGGCCUUUGCCUCGCCCCCCCCCUCCCCGAUCUCUUGCAGUCAUGUUGUCCUGGACGCAGGCCCCCGCUCUUGGCGCUGGACUCGGAAACGCUGGGAGAUUUAGAGACACUUCUCUUCUUGGCUUGUCCCUUGGCUUCCCCUCCCUGGGACUCGAGCAGGGAAAACUGUGACGGUUUUUAGUUUUUACAAAUACGCUUUAUUAAUCAGUAAAUGGGAGGGGGGAGCCACGUGAAAUGGAGCUCAGGUAUGACAGCCUAUCUGAAAUGUACCCCGAUGCAUUUCCUUUGUAUCCUUGUGUAUAAACCUCUUUGUAUACAGAUGCACUUAGUUAAUGCAUAGAAAGGAGCUAUAUAAUCUAUAUCCUGUACACACAGAGAGAUGGGGAAGAUACUGAAUGGUAUUUAAAGGGCUAUUGGGGAAAGCUUGCUUUGAAAGUCACAGCUAAUGUGGGGGCCAAAAGGGUUGCCUCUUCCUCAAAGCCCAGGUAUAGCACUGCUGAUUUGAUGCAAAGCUUGACACAUCUUUGUUAAUUCAUUGUUUUCUCAGUUUUCAGCAGAGCCGACACUUGAAUUCAUCUUGUGCUAUAAACAUGUCCAAAGGGAAUUUAUUCCUGUCAUUUUAGAGUUGUCAUGUUCCUCUGGCCUCAUGACUAUGCUUGUUUAGAGGGUUAACCUUUGGGAUAUUUGUUCCCGACCUUUUCCCAAGCAAAGUACUUCGGACUCUCACGUUUCUGUUUCAGUUGUGUGUUGUAAUUGCUCCCACUGUCCCAUCCUAAAUCUUGGGCAUAAACUCACAUUGAUUUCAGUGCUUAGGUUUACAAUGUUGUUUUUCCCAAUUUGUGUUGAUUUUACCUUUCCUGCUGCCAAUGGCUAUCCUCUUCUUCCCAGCAGUGAAGAAGGCCAAGUGGAAGUAGCUACCCUUUGGCUAUGGUUUUCAUAUGGGAAUCCCAAAACCAUCCUUCUCCCCUUUUGCUCUCUUUGCUUGCUGGAACCAUUCCUGGGGCUUCCAGAAAGAAGUGAGUUGGAUUUUAAUGCCAUACAGCCAUUGCUGCAAGGUCAGAUUCUACGAUGGUAUAAACGUUCCAGCGCUAGAUUGGUAAAACAGCUAAUGUAGCCACUAUUGUAUAGACAUGUAGAUGUAUCUGGAAUUAGGUUCCCCAGCAUCUGACUGUCUAGCUUCUGCUCUUGAACUUAUGUCAGAGGCCUGGUAUUUUAUUUUAUUUGCUUCUUGAUUAGGGAAUUAAAAUACAUUAGCGUAUGAACAGACAACAGUCAUGCUUUUCUCUAAUGAGAGAAGAACAUGGUUUAAAACCCACUGCUUAGGCAUAGUUGAAAUGCAGGCUUUUAAAAAACAAAUGUUUUUUUCCUGGCAGCUCAUAGCAUUAAGUUCUCUAGAUUAGUUUCUAAUCAUUUCCACCAUGGUUGCUUUGUAUACUACACCUUUCCACAGACACAUCAUUCUUGGUGUCGGAAAAAUUAUCUACACAAAGAAUCUUGUGGUCCCUUAAAGCUUAUUGCAUCAGAUGUAACAGAGACAUCAUUUUAUACCAAGAUAUAUGUGUUAUCCUUUAGGGCUCCACAAGCCUCUUUUUGAUGUUUUUACUGGAAAAGACUAAUAUGGCUGCCUCUCUGGAACCUGGACACUGUCAUGUGUCACACCUCUGUUUUGUCUGCUGCGGGAUGGACAGCAGCUACCUGAUCUGUGGUCCUGCAGUGACAAGGAGAUUGAUUUCUCCAUAGGAAACGGUAACCAAUGAAGUAGCCCUAAGUCCACCAUGCUGCAGUAGAGGGAAGUUUGGAAGUAUGCAAUGCAAAUCCUAUACAUGUGUACUUGGAAGUGAGCCCCACUGAUUUCAGUAGGAUUUACUCCCAGGUAAGUGUGUAUAAGAUUGAAGCCUGACUGGCGUGAGCACUGACAGCAGCAUGCUGCGUGGGUCUUGAAACCACUGAAUCAGUGUGUUGUGUAGCUGCUCAAUACUUGUUAACUGCUUUACUUAACGGCUUUGUACUAAGCAAGCUUGCAAGCUGCCUCCUUCUGUUCACCUGUAUCCAGUGGCUGAAGUAGCAAACUCAAAAAAACCCCAGAAAUUUUACAACUGAAGGAUAUAAUAGUGACCUCUGAUGGGUGCAUUAUGUUGGGGAGGCCACAGGCCUUUGAGGGGGAAAAACAUGACAAUUCCCCCCUUUAUUUAUUCAAGUAAAUAGCAAAAUAUGUGCCCUUAGGGGGAUUUUCAGUAUAUUUUUUGAUAUGUUGUACAGUUAAUACUGCUAGUCAGACAUUUUGAACAUGUAAGGACAAAUCUGUGACAUUCUGAAUGGUUAAUGCUCAGAAAAAAAUGAAAUGAAAUGUUGGGAAAAUUGCUUUGAUAUUGGGCUGUCAAGCAACUAACCUUCUGUACGGUUGCCACUGAACGUCAGAUUUGAAUAGAUUUAAAUUUAAAGUUGUAAACAUGCUCUGUUGUCUAUAUCUAAUUCAGCCAUGUAAGCUAUGUCUGUCUUCAGAAGUUCUGUAUAUUUUUAAAAAAAUAUUUUUAAGGUGAAAAAAAAUACACUGAGAUUUCUGCCUAAAA